AUGAGGUUCCUGUUUGUGGCCAGCCUUAUUUCCCUUGUCCAGGUGGGGACAGCUGCACAAGGAUCCAACUAUAAUGUCACCAAAAGCUUCGCAGAAGCCCAUAGUUGUGACUGCAAGUGCCAGGAUGACCUGAACAACGCGAAUCCAAUCGAUCUCGCUACCUUUGGCCAGAAUUUCGACUUUGAUUUCUACGAGACAGCUGCCAACUUUUCUGGUUCCAAGCCAGGCGACCUCUUGAAACUCCAGCCUCUGGAUCCUGCAACCCUCCAGAUUAAUGCAGGAACAACGGUAUAUCGCAUCCAAUACACAUCCCGCGACCUCGACGGGUCACCAGUGCCCGCUACUGGUUUCAUUGCUCUUCCAUAUGCACCGGUAAAGGAGAAUUCCAGCACGUAUCCCGUCGUGGCCUACGCGCAUGGAGCCAGUGGGAUAUACCGCGGGUGUGCACCGUCCAAUAGCCCGAACCUUUACGACUAUAACAGUUGGCAGCUCCUCAUCGAAAGAGGAUAUGCGGUCGUCGCCACGGACUAUGCUGGCUUGGGAAACAAUUACACCCUUCAUAAGUAUAUUAGUUAUCCAGCGCAAGUGAACGACAUCUAUUUUUCCAUGAUCGCCGCUAGAAAGGCAUUCGACAUCCUCUCGGACACCUGGAUGGCAGCUGGCCAUUCCCAAGGUGGAGGAGCAGUGUGGAAGUUGGCGGAGAGCGAAUAUGUCAAGGACGACAAAGACUAUCUCGGUACGGUUGCACUGGCACCAGCUGCCAAAGUCAUAGACAUGUUUCUGGCCGACAGGGACGAGGUCAUCUCCUCUGGUUACUUGCCUCUUCAUGCCAAGGCGUAUCAACGGGUGCAUCCAUCGUACAAAUUGACUAUCCUGUCAGACAUCAUGCGGGACCGCAUGGUGAUUUCGGACACAGCGCAGCUUUGUCUGGAUGCUUUGGGCGCCCUGUCUUCUGACUUGACAGUUGAAGAGCAUAUCUCAGAAGAAGGAAUCAAGACAGACAUACCACUCCUCUUGAACUGGCAGAAUGAGACGGCUCCAGCCUCGGGAGGACACAACUAUCAACCACUUCUGGUCCUUCAGGGUCUGAAUGACACUGCGGUUGUGCCAUCUGUAACACGGGCUCUAUGGAAACAUUCGUGCGAUGUCGGAAAUGAGGUCCAUCUCAGCGAGUAUCCCGGAAUGAAUCAUGAUCAGAUAAUCCCUGCUGCCGCACCAGAGUGGCUGGCCUGGAUGGACGCGCGAUUUGCACGACAGCGCACCUCUGGAAACUGCUCUAUUGAGCAGAAAAGGCCAUUCGAUCUAAACCACAUGGAGUUAGCACUAGGAAGUUAA